CUCCAUUGUCCAUUUCGCCCAUCCCCCCCUCCUUGUAUUACCGCCGACGCCGAGCGCUCUCAUCUCUUCUCUUUUUGAAUUCAAGCCCCAACACCGACACUGUCUGUUCCAAUCAAAAUUAGGGUUUUUAUCAAACCACUCCUAUUACAACUACCACCACUACUACUAGUGCCUUUUCUUUCUUUUAUGCGUCAGGAUUGAUCGCAGUUGUUUAGAGAAUGGUGCAGAUCCAGUACUCCGAGAAGUACUUUGACGACACCUACGAGUACAGGCAUGUGGUUCUCCCUCCCGAAGUCGCGAAACUGCUCCCCAAAAGUCGGCUUCUCUCUGAAGGUGAAUGGCGCGCAAUUGGGGUGCAGCAGAGCCGAGGUUGGGUCCACUAUGCAAUCCACCGGCCAGAGCCGCACAUCAUGCUCUUUAGGAGGCCUCUGAACCAUCAGCAGCAGGAGAAUCAGGCUCAACAAAUUGCCAAGUGAAAUGUUACUCUCACUCCCUUUCUGUUCUGAUCCCCUAAUGAAUUAAUUAAUGACAUGUGAUAUCUAGGAUUUGGGGGUUUUGCAAACUUUUCUAUUUUACAGUACUAUGUAAUUCUCUUAACUAAAGAGAAUUCAUAUGGUACCUUGUUGGUUGACUUUUGAUAUGCUAGUACCUUGGUAGUGUACUUGGUGUUGUGUGGAAUUCAGGACAACGGUUUAUGGCUGUUGUUACUCAUUGAAAGGUUUACUUCUGUUGUCAUUUGAAGUUCA